AUGGCAGCCUGUACACUUGUCGUUGUUGUGGUGAACGUAGAUGGUUCGCUGGUUCAGCAUCCUCUAACCUGCCUGGGUUCCUUCAACCGAGAGGAGGAGGGUUGGAGGAGAGAUAAUGACUGGGUGUGGCGGAGAGAUGGAGAGGAGGAUGAGGAGAUCCUAUGGAUGAUGGGUGGAGAGGAGAAGAAGAAGGGGAAUAGCUUCCUUGUCAACCUGGAAGAGAGAACUGGAGGGGGGAUCUUUACAUGUCACAGCCUGGAUAGAACCCUCCUGAAGAAUACUACGGUGCUGGUCAAACACCUGGAUGAACAGAAACGCAUUCUAGAAGGAUCCACCAGAACAGGCUAUAUGAAAUGUUCUACAUGGAACUACCAAGGAGAAUUCCACUGCUCCUGGAAAUUCACCACUGAACGUGUUGGAACCAUUAUGUCUGUCAGAGUGGCACGUGGCCUGUCUGAUGCGGAGAACAUCAGCUGUUCUGUGGACGCCAGUGGACAGCAGUGGACAUGUUCCUCUUCGUCUGGCCAGAGUGACAUCAUGUGUUCUGUGAACAGUAGUGGACUGGGGCUGUCCUGUGUGGACAGACAGUAUUGUCCCUAUGCUGAGGAGACUGACCGGAUCACCCUGACCAUCUACAUGAGGACUAACUACCUGCUGGAGGAAUACUCCCAACGCUUCUACUUAUCAGAAAUUGUGAAGCCAGAAAAGGUAUCCAUUAAGAAGGUGAACAGCAGUACUAUAGAGUGGAGCUAUCCUGUCUCCUGGAACAGACCCAUCUCCUACUUCCCCCUCUCCUUCCAGGUCAAAGAGAUCAAAGGCAGAGAACGCAAGAACGGGUGCACGUGUGAUUCUCCCUGCACAAAGGUCCACACCACAGAGAGCCGCCUGUGGUCAGUAAAGGCCAAGGUGGUGGUGUGCGUCAGGUCCCAGGAUGCCCUAUGUGACUCCCCCUGGAGUGACUGGACAGAGUACAGAUAG